GAAAUGGAGAUUUCUUUCUCUCUCACACAGUGAAAACACACACAUGCUACAGUUGCUUGCACUUUUAGAAAACAGUAAUGACGAUUUGGCGGCAAUGGAAUUAGAAAACCCUAACAUUUAGGUCCCAUUAAUGGCGAUUUCUAACAUUCAAAGUAAUCUCAUUAAUGUCCCCAUUACUGACACUGAAAGACGAAUUUUAUCUUUUUCCAGAUGCUCUCAUUUCUUUAUGUAUAUACAUACUCUACGACUUCAGUUUUUUUUUGUUGACUGUGAUCUGUGAAUGCUACAUUUCGCAUGGCUAAAGCUUGGACUUCUUCCACCAAUGGCGUCUUAAGGAUUUCUGCUCACUGUAAUAAUAAGCACCAUUUGUGGUACUCUAAGAAACGGCCAAUCUCAUGGCAGUUCAUAUGCGGUCUUAUGCUCUUUAGUUUGGGUCUGAUUUCUCUCUUCACUGGACACGUUACAUCUGAUCUUGAAUGGUACUCUCAGAAGCUCGUGAAUCGGAGUUUUCAUUACAAGCUGGGUGGGGUUAAUCGUGCCCAAAUUGAUAUCUGGAAAUCGAAAGAUUCAAACUUGUACUACGGGUGUAGUGAUAGAGGGCCAGGAUAUGCUUGUGCUGUUUCUGAGAAAUCUUCAAAUGGGUAUCUACUCAUAGCCACCAGUGGAGGACUAAAUCAACAAAGAACAGGAAUCAUUGAUGCUGUUGUUGUUGCAAGGAUUCUCAAUGCAACUCUAGUUGUACCAGAAUUGGAUCAUAAUUCAUUCUGGAAGGAUGACAGUGACUUUGACAAUAUAUUUGACGUCGGUUGGUUCAUUUCUAACCUGGCGAAGGAUGUAACCGUGGUGAAAAGAGUACCAGAUAAGGUUAUGAGAUCGAUGGAGAAACCUCCAUACAGUAUGAGAGUACCAAGGAAAUCAGAACCUGAAUAUUAUGUUGAACAAGUGCUGCCAAUAUUGCUGAAGAGACGUGUUGUGCAGUUGACAAAGUUUGAUUAUAGGCUUGCUAGUUAUAAUAACCUUAAUGAAGAUCUACAGAAAUUGCGUUGUCGGGUCAACUACCAUGCUUUGAGAUUUACACAACCAUUACUAGACCUUGGUCAUAAACUAGUCUCGCAAAUGAGGAGCAUGACUAAACUAUUUAUAGCUGUCCACUUGAGGUUUGAACCAGACAUGCUAGCUUUCUCUGGUUGUUAUUAUGGUGGAGGUGACAAAGAAAGAAAGGAGCUCGGUGAAAUAAGGAAAAGAUGGGCAACACUGCCUGAUUUAAGUCCGGAUGGAGAAAGGAAACGAGGAAAAUGUCCACUAACUCCACACGAAGUUGGUCUGAUGCUUCGUGCUCUCGGUUUUGAAAACAACACGUAUCUGUACGUUGCAUCUGGUGAAAUAUAUGGAGGGGAAGAGACUCUACAGCCUCUUAGAGAGCUCUUUCCAAACUUUUACACAAAGGAGAUGCUUGCAACAGAAGAGCUGAAUCCUCUACUACCAUUUUCUUCUCGUUUGGCUGCUAUUGAUUAUGUUGUAUGUGACGAGAGCGAUGUUUUCAUCGCUAACAACAACGGGAACAUGGCGAAAAUUCUUGCUGGCCGAAGGAGGUAUAUGGGUCACAAGAGGACAAUCCGUCCUAAUGCAAAGAAGCUUAGUUCUUUGUUCAUGUCACGCAAUAAGAUGGAUUGGAGUACAUUUGCUAGAAAGGUGAAAUCAUGCCAAAGAGGAUUUAUGGGAGAGCCGGAGGAGAUUAGGCCUGGACGUAGUGAGUUUCAUGAGUUUCCAUCUUCUUGCAUUUGUAGAAAACCAUUCAAAAAAGGCGUAUUGGAUUCAUUUGACAAACAAGUUUCAAGUGGUUUGGAAGGGCCAAAUAGUUCAAGCACAUGGGAAUUGCCGGUUUCUUUAGCACGAGAGAUUAUUUGAAGGCCGACUAACUAGGUCAGUCACACGGUUCACCAUAAAGAUGUAUGUUUUACAGGAUUCUCGGCCAGUUAUAAAUUACAAGUAUAAUUUAUAAACAUUUGGUGAUGUCUGGUGUCAAGAUUUGUAUGUACCACAGUAACAUUGUAUAUAACUCUUUUAAGUUAUGUAUUCAAAGAAACUGCCAUGUAUUCAAA